UUACCAUUGCACUAAAAUGGCUUCCUGACUUGUGUACUGGCUUCUAAAUGCCACUAUAAUCACAAAUUUUAGACAGAUAACUGUAUUUUAUUUUAUUUUUGAUGUUCGGCUCUCUCUGUUUUCGUCCUAGAUGCGGAAAUGAUAAUUACUAUUGAAAGGAACAACGAUGAACUCGUCCCAAAGUUAUUCGCCUUUUCCCCCUAAAUCGCUUCGAACAAGCUCACAGUUAUCAGGAAAACGGCUUGAACAAGCGAGGCUUAUGAGAAAAAAGCUUACGAAAACCUUGCCAGCUGCUGAUGUGAAAGAGAUCGAAAGGUAUAUCUCAGAAGAGCUUCAAAGAUUAAAAUACCACUCUGACACAACAAGAAAGGAUCAUUAUACUGUUUACAAACAUGCGUUCGAUCAACUUGUGGAGGAUAAAACAGCCAUUUAUAAGCCGAUUCUCUCGAAUCUGAAGGGAGAGUAUGAAGACUGCAUCGAGGCUCUAGAAAAGGGGCAAAGUCAAUCAGUUUAUCUGCAAGGGAUGGUGAAAGCGCUACUCGUAGAAAAGUCAACUCUUCGACAAUUUAUCCGUAGAGGAGACGAACUUGAGGAAAAAAUCCAAUAUUUAAUCACGCAUAACCAAAAUCUUGCGAGUAAAAUACAGGAUUUGAGAGAUCGCAGAGCCGAGAGAAAGGCUUCUCUAGAGAGCAAAUCAAUGCAAUCUCUUGACAAAGACACAAGGAUGGUGAUCCCAGGAAUGUCCUUAGAGGAACUUACAGAUCUUCCAACACUUAGAAAAACUCUGCAGAGGCUGCAAAUUCAGGCAAGCGAGACUGAGGAAGCGUGCAAAACAAAGCUCGUUGUUAAAAGCCAGAAGGGUGUGCUGAAAGAGAAGCUUGCAGCUAAGGAGGUUGCACUACACCACGUGACCGAACAACAUAAUAAGACAAAGAAGAGAUGUGAGGUGUUGAAAGUUGUGGUUGAGGCAGCCAAACAAGCUAUUGAAAACCCUCACCAUGACAUCCACUUUCACAAGGUUGUAAUGAAAGCACUAAAGGAUUAUGGGAAGAUAGAAGAUUCAACAACAGCUGAGCAGCUCCAUCAACUGGUGAACUUUGAUGAGGAUGAUCCCAUCAAAAAGAAAAAGGCUGAGAGAUUGAUAGAGUACUGUGAUCACUUCAAUAGUCUCUUUGACUUUGGUCAGUUUGAAGCGGCAGCCAUACAUGCUGCCAACUCCCCAUAUGGGAUUCUAAGGAAUUAUGAGACAUUGAUAAGAUUCAAGCAAGUAAAUGCUCCAGUCGAUGAGAAUCCUCUGUUGAUGUACUGCGAAGCACUUAUGGCAACUUCAUCAGCAGCGCAGCCAGUCUCACAGGCAAUGUCGGUGGAGGUUGUUCGGUGUGCUCUAGAGGCAAACCAUCUUGAUUUUGCAACUCACUGGCUUGCACAGGGGAGUCUUUCUUACUCCAUUCCUCUUGGAGAUAUAAUCAAGAAGCACUGUAAAUGUUCUGGUGGUAGAUGUACAUGUACUUGCCUACAACUUGCACAAACAAUCUACAUGAAGAUCAAUGCUCACCAUCGUGCUGCUAAAUGCCUCUGUCAACAAGGGAGAUUUGUCACUCUUCUGCAGUACACACAAAGGAAUGGACCUUUUACAAAGUCUGACUAUCAGAGGCUUCUCAUAAAAAAACCUUCACCAGAACUUGCCCACUUGAUGCUUACAACCAAAGGUACAGAGAAGAAUUCGUCAAUUCUCAGCUUUGCCUCUGUAGUGUCUACUCUUCUUGAUACAGGACAUAGAGAUGUCCUCAUUGAGGUCAUCAAGAGACUAUCUAGCAGCAGCAAGAAAACCAAGACAGACUUGUCUUUAGUGAUGAAUAAAGUGAUAUUUAGUGAGACAAGUCAGGACAACAUGAGUUCAGAGAAAUGGAUGGAUGUUGUGGAUAUCUGUCAGGGAGCAGGAUUAAUGGAUGCCGCUGUGGAACUGCUGGCAGCACUGACGAUAAGAGAGGCUUUGAACAAGGCUUCCAUUGCCUUUAGCAUGGACUACAUUUCCUGAUAUCACUUAGUAAACAAGUAUAAGUAGACCUUGAAGGCACAUAACUAGGCAGGGGCGUAUAUAGGAGUUCCGAAAAGGGGAGGCUGAAGCAAGGUUUUCAAGAAAGAGGGAUUCAUUGUUCUUCUGUAGAUUUCCUUAUAUUUCUUGUUAUUUUUAAGCCAAAUAUCUCACUCGGCCCACCCCUAGAUCAACCCAUGCCUAGGGAGUGUACAGGGUACAUGCACCCUCAUUGGUCACCCAAAAGAUCUGGUUUGUUUAUUAUUGUAGGACUUUCAAAUACUAUUCUCUUUUCCGAAUGAUAUUUUACUGUCCACUCAGCAACCAGUAGCAUCAAUUUGAGCCCACAUUUAUUCUUUAUUAAAUAUGUUCCCUAUUCCUUAUGGGGCAGGGAAUGUCCCCAAAUUAUUUGUCUCAAUGUACAAACUCUCAAAGAUGUCAAUAAAGUUUUAAUAUUUAAAA